UCGUGACACUUAAUGCUAUUUCUCUUAUAAUUUCUCACACUUCAGGCGUUUACUGUUGAUGGUUAUAUUUAAAAUGAUUUAAUAGCAUAGUUUGCAUUUGUUAGAUUUCUUCUUUCAGCCAGUGCACCACGACUGGUAUAUCAAAGGCCGUUGUAUGAUGAUGCAUGAACAGCCAGAAUGACAUCCUUUGGGUGGAAAAAGAAGACUGGAGCAAAGAUCUCCAAGGUGACGGCUGCUGCGUUUGAAAGAGAUGCCAAGGAUGACAACCGUCUUGAUGAUGACAUUGACUGGAUCACCAUGGCGCCCAGGAGGAAAGCUGUAAUCUCGCUGGAAGAUGCUGCUGGGAAAAGCCAGAGACUUAAAACAGAAGGGACUGUUCUAGCUCAGGCUGAAAGGUUUUGGGAAGCAAUCAAGAAGUGGGAUGAAGCAUUGCACUUAACACCUAAAGAAGAAAAACUCUAUGAAAUGAAAGCACAGGCUCUGCUGAUACUGGGUGAACUGUUCCCAGCUGUGCAGGUGGCAAGGAAGGCUGUAGAGAUGAACCCCCGGUGGUGGGUGGCACACCAGACCCUAGGGCGAGCCCAGCUUAGUCUGGGAGAGGUUCAGCUUGCCAUUCACAGUUUUUCAACAGCAGUUCACCUGAACCCUUCAGAUGAGGAACUGUGGCAGGAAGACUUUUUGUGGGCCGUUUCAGUACUGAACCAAAGUUCAAGCAAGUCCCAGGAGGAUGUUCAAAAUACGUCUGCUGGUUCGAGUGUCACCAUUACUGAGAUUACUGAUACUGAAGUCUCAGUGGAGGAAAACACAACAAAACAAAUCGGUGUCAAGACAGAUGAAAAUAAACACAAAACAAAGAUGAAGUCCACUCUUGUGACAGCAGUACCAGGAAAUUAUGUAAAAAUGAGAAAUUAAAUAUCGGUAUGGAUGUACAUUGGUGUGAAUGAAGUUUUUGUCUGGAAGUCAAAGGUCACAAUAAUUAGAGAAGAUUAUGUAAAAAUUAUUAAAUAAGUCUGAAAGUCAUGUGCAGUGUAGAUAAUAAGUACAUAUGAAGGUAUUUUUAAAAACAUUUUGUUCAAAUUUGUGUGUACGCCAAGUAUAAAGUAUGUUUAGUCCGAGUAAAAACAACAAAAAUCUAUUGUGUUUUUGUUAAUUGUUUUGAAUUAUUUCAUGGUAACCUAUCCAUUAUUACAUAGACGUUAGAAGUAACAAAUUGCCAAUUUCACUGGCAUAGUGGUUAAGCCAUCAGUCUUAAGACAGGUAGGUCCUGGGUUCACACCCCAGUACCAGCUCCAUCCUAGUGUGAAUUUUUUGGCUCGAAUGCAGUGGAGCCACUAACUGGACAUCUCUCUGACAAACCACUGGACUUUGUCCUGAACAGACAGUUCAGAUAGCUGUACAUAUAUGCAGGACAGAAUGCUUGAACUUCUUUUGAAAAUACGGGUAAUAAUUAAAAUGAAUGUUCAAAAGGUAACUGUAAAUGAUAUAGAGUUGUGUCCCUUCAGUUUGACAAAAUAUUUGUUUAAUAACAUCUUUUUAAAAGUACAAUAUAUAUGUUUUAAUGUUGCUGGCUAAAAGGCUGUUGUCCAUGGUGCAACGUGUUAUAGAACAUUAUAAUCUUUGGAAUGUGA